AUGUACACAGAAAUAAUUCACAAUAUAAAUAAAAAAUUUAUCGAUUUACAAUCGGUCUUAUCUACAAUUAUUCCGCUACAAAAAAUAUCCAAAAAUCCUACAGAUAUUUUUAGAAGUGAAUUUGAUAACAUUUUAAAAUGUAUUGAUGACAUAACUAAUAAAUUUACUGGUGUUAGAAAUAACCUUAUUGAUGAAUGUGUAAAAUUAGAAAAAAGUAUAUAUUUAAAAUGUGAGGUACUUAAAAUUGAUAUGCCUAGAAUGCCUAACAUUUGUAAUCUUUACUUUAAAAAAGAAUAUUUAAUGAUUGAGUUGAGUAAAAUUAAUCUUUUAGAAAAAUAUAGAUUAAGAGAGAUAAAUUAUUGGGUUAAUAAAAGUAAAAAACUGCACUAUGAGCUUUACAAUGACGAUUUCUUACUCGAAAUAAUUGAACCUUCAAUAAUGUAUUUAGAAAAUUUAAAAAAAUUAUAUAAAUCUUUAAAACAAGAUAAAGAAAAAAAAGACAUACAAAAAAAAGAACUUGUUAAGGAUCUACAAAGUUUUUACAAAAAAUUAGAAAUAAAUGAAAAAGUGUCAAUUUAUGAUAGAUUUGUUAUUCUAGAAGAAAAAUAUAAAACUCAUAAAAAUAUGUGCAUAAACCGCCAAAAAGAAUUAAAUGUAAUUAAGCAAGAAAUUCAUGAUAAAGAAAAUUUACUAAAUUUUCCACUUACACGCUUUUUAGAUUUACUUUCCGACAGAUACAUUGGUGAACUUAAAGAACGUUGCUACUAUUUACAAAAUGAAUAUGAAAAAAAAGUGGAAGAAAUUUAUUCUGAACAUUUUUCUACUUUAAAAAAUUUAUUAUUUUUAUUUGGCAUGAAAUUAGAAAUUUAUGAAAAGAAUGAUAAAGGUCUUUUACAAAUUAAAAAUAGAAUUAAAGAUUUAGAAUCUAAAAAAGAUCUUUUUCUAGAAAUUAAUAAUUUAAUAAACAAUAGAUAUGCACUUUUAGAAAGGAUGAAUGAGUUUGAAAAAAUUGCUAGUGAUCCAAAGAGAUUAUUUAAAAGUAGUUUUCAGCUAAAUAGAGAAGAAAAAUUUAGGAAAAAUGCUUUUCCAUCACUUUUAAAACUAGAAACCGAAUUAAUAGAUAAAUUAAAAGAAUACACAGAAAAAUAUGGGAUAUUCUAUAAAAAUGAAGAAAAUUACGAAAAUGUGUUAAAAGCAGAGAUAGAAGGACGAAUUAUUAAUAAGACGGUGUUUAUCAACAAAUACGAUUCUCCAUACAAAAAGAAAAAGAUGUAA